GGCCAUUUCUCCUGGGUUAGGGUGAGGGGUAAAACAGUAAUGUGGACCCGUUGGGGCUUUAAUUUUCCUAUUACCUGUACCGUGUCCCUUUGGGGUGUUUUAGUGUUUGAGGAAUUCUAAAUUGGAGCUGGAGGUACUCACCUCACGAGGGUGUUUUACUUCAUGGGACAUUUAACCUAACAUGUUGGAUUUCAACUCGGGAGGUCGCAAACCUAAGAGGAAAGACGUACCAGAGGAGAAACGGCCUGGCCAGAGGCGGACGGUCGGGAACCUCAAAACACUUGUUUAUGAAGUCUCUGCUUGAACGCGCUGGGUGCAUCACGAAGAUCCCUUGAGGCAUAGUAGCAUCUACCCUUUAGGGAGCUCUCGCUGUGUUAAUGCCCUCCACCAAAGACCACCGCGAACGCCCCUAUAGUUGAACAAAGUUGGGCUUGUUUCCUGCAAGGGGAGACAGCAUGAGGAACAGUGGGCGUCUCAUAAAGAGGGUGCUGAGCACUAGCUAGAUUGGCUCAGUGGUUAGAGCGUGGCCUGUGUCCCAGAGGGUCCCGGGUUUGAUUCCGGUCAAGGGCUGGUACCUCGGUUGCAGGCUCUUCCCCAGGCCAGAGGCAACCAAUCUAUGUGUUUCUCUCACAUAAAUGUUUCUGUCUUUUUCUCUCUUUUCCACUCUCAAUGGAAAAAUAUCCUCAGGUGAGGAUUAACAAACAAAACUAAAAAUAAAAAAGAGGGUGCUGGAAAGAAUGCACAGGAUUUGGCUUGUGCAUGGUACCAGGCAUGACCUCCUUAAACCGGCUACCAGCAAGACUUUCUUCAGAGAUUUCCCCAAAGACACAGAAGCCAAGUUAUGAAGUGCACAAAAAUUAGUGAGAAAUCCAGAAACAGACUACUGGAAUCUUUACUCUGGGCCAUUCUUGAUGCUCAGCCCCACCCCAGAUCUCCAGCUGCCCAAUAAAUACUUUUAAAGAUGUCUCAGCAAUAACUUGUUACCACUUCAAAGGACAUAUGUAUGCUGAACUCUUUCAAUUUGAACUGCUCACCUUAUAAUUUGGUCCCAAGAAAGCAGCAAGUAAACACCCUUUUUGAGGACUAUUGAUGACCUAAGAUGGAAUUUGAAGCUCAGAGAGGUGAAGUCACCCAGGAUCACACAAUGAAUGACGGAGAUGGAAUUCAAGUCCAGGUUCAUGAAUCAUCUCUUUGUUCAGUCUACAAAGGAGGAUAGGAUCCUUUUUGCCCACCCUGGUUCCUGCAAGCUAUGUGAGAGCUCCUCCAAGAACAGGCGAAUAGCUGUUUGCCACAGGCCUCCUCAGAUGGAUGUCACCCACCUGCUCCUGGCCACCCUGCUGGUCUGCCUGUGCUUCCUCACUGCUUAUAGCCACCUGGCCCCUGAAGAGAAGCCCAACAAUGACAGAAGCCUGAGGAGCAACUCCUCCAUGAACCUGUUGGAUUCCCCUUCUGUCUCUAUCAUGGGGCUAAACAAAAAGUCCAAAAAGAUCAGCAGAAAAGAGGCAGAAAAGAAGAGAGCUUCCAAGCAGAGAAAGGCUUCGAUUAAGAAGGUGACGCGGAUCCGGCCCCCGCCACCCGAUCCCUGCGUAGCCACCCGCGAGAGCUGCAAACAGCCGGCGCCCCCCUGCUGUGACCCGUGCGCCUCCUGCAUGUGCCGCUUCUUCCGCAGCACCUGUUCCUGCCGAGUGCUCACUCCCAACUGCUGAGCGCCGCUCCCGGCUGCCAGCGGGGCGGGGCUUCCAGUUCCCGCCCCACCCUUCGCCCUCACUCCCCACCCACUGUCCUCAUCCAUAGGUGCACGAUUUUUGUCCAGUCUCUUCCCGCCAGAAAGAUCCUUUUCCCUUCGAGGAGUCCGCUUUACAUCGAAAGUACGGCAGGCUGCGCACGCACUAUUUCCGUGGUCUGGGGGGAAACCCGAUCAUCCCGGCCCUAAAGCUAUACUCCUCUUAAGCGUUUCUCCAGGUCAGCUGGAGACAGUGCUGCCCCCUACCUUUAAACCUGAGAACACCCGAAGAUGCCUCCACAUCCAGGGAAUGCAGACCACCAGACAGAAAGGAAACAUUAAGGAUCUACCAUUCAGUCUUUCCCCUUCUAAGGAGCUCCCCCUACCCCCCGCCCCCGAGAAAAACAAGGAAGGUACAACUCCAUACACAAUCUCACUGGUUUGUCUGUCCUGGGGGGAUCUGCUGAUAAACCUGGGAUGGCUGCUUGUGACUGGGCGAUGCCAUGGGUCCCUACAGCCAGAAGGCUAUGCCUUAGGAGACUUCCAAACAAAGGUGCCACUUGUGCCCACUCCUCCCUUUUUCCCCAGGAUUUCCAGAGGUGCAGGGGACUGAGAGGAGUUUCUCCCACUGCCAAGCUAAAUAAAUACUGACCAUUGGUCCCCAGGCAUUAACCCUGACAACCUUUAGUUGGGGCUCCAAGUAAAAAGCAGGGGUUCAGGACUCCUUCCUCACUCACACCUCACUGUCAGCCAGGAAGCAGGCAGUGAGCUUGGUGAUUUGAAAAUAAAAAGAAACCACUAAAAUGGGAGUCCAGAGGCCAGAAAGGGAAGCUCUAACACUCCAUGGCAACUACAGGAAGAGUUGUCAAUUACAGGCCCCAACAGGAAAAGAUGUUCAUUGCAUCUCCUACAAGAAAUCAACUACCCUAGCAGCUCUGCCAAUGAGAAACCGUCACCUCCCCGAAAUCACUUUUCUCCAAUGGACCUUUGUUCAAAACCUAUCCCAAAUCCCUUUUUCUCCAUAAAAUACGGUUCCUUUCCUUCAUUCUAUGGCUUUUGUUAUAGUUUGCUUGCCCUGAUUUGCAACACUGCUGUUCCCAAAUAAACUCAUU